AUGGCUGCACCACUAUCCACCCGUCAGCCAAAGACAUCCCCUGACGAGCCUCCAGCCAGAGCCGAAGCCGAAGCUGAAGCUGAAGCUGAAGCUGAUGUCGACUUUGAGCCAUUCGCACCACUCGCCAGAUCCUCCACCCUUCCCAUCAACAUUCGCGCUGUCGCUUCCGUACCCUCCUUCAGCUCGAGGACGCGGACCCAUCGCCAGGAACGGUCCCACCUAGCCCCCGAAGAUGCCUUCUUCACGGGGCCCUCACCACCUCGCCGCAACCUGCACAGCGGCGUCUUCCCGCCCUUUGAGGGUGCCCAUGCUUCUCGGCCCGGCAGCGGCAGCGGCAGCCGCAGUCGGAGCCGCCACCACCAUCGCAGCAGCAAGCACCGCACCUGGAAGAAGCUCCUCUGGGUGAAGCAAUCCUACCCCGACAACUACACCGAUCAGGUCACCUUCCUGGAGAACCUCAAGCGAAACCCCCGCUUGCAGCCCUACGACUUUUGGCCCCUCGUCGCCGAUUCCACCGUCAUCCUUCAGCACGUGUGUUCCGUCAUCAUCUUCGUCGUCUGCUUCAGCGGCAUCCUCCAGAAGCGCGUCUCGCCCAUGGCUGUCGUGUCCUGGAGCAGCCUCGCCUCCUUCGUCGGCUGGCGCCUGUGGGAGCAGUGGGACGCCGACGAGAACGAUGCCGCCAUUGACCCGACCCCCGGCUCUUCCACCGGCCUGGCUGCCAGCCGCCCUGGUGCCAUCGGUCGCCGUGGUGGGAGCAUGCGUCAUCGGCCCGCCUUGCCGCCACCGCCCCCAUCACUGCCGCCUUCGACGCGGCCCUCGUCCGCCAUCCCUUCGGCCACCAGUUCCGUGACCAACCUGUCUGCCCAGAGUCAUCCGCGCAAUUCCUACUCCGCCUCGGCCACCUCCCUCCACUCGGCCACCUCGACGUCAGUCCCUUCAUCCUACAAGCCGAUGCAGGAGCACACAUCGACCGUGUCAUCCACGCUCCUCGGCCUUUCUCCCAUCCUCAUGUCCCUAACCCUCUCCACAACCUCCGACUCAAUCUACGCCAUGUCCUUCUGGCUCCUCGCCGUCAACAUCUUCUCCUUUGACUACUCGACCGCGCCCACGGCCUCGUCCCCACGCACCCCGGCCUCCCUCUCCACAAACGCCGCCCUCAUGGCCUCCACCGUCCUCGCCUCCCGCCUCCCCUCCACCGGCCAGGUCUUCUCCCUGACCCUCUUCUCCAUCGAGGUCUUUGGCCUCUUCCCCGUCUUCCGCCGCAGCGCCCGCCACCGCUCCCCGGCCUACCACUACGCCCUGUCCGCCCUCCUCGUGCUGGGCGCCGGCGCCGGCGUCGCCAUCGUCAUUGGCGAGCCCGCGCCCUCCUUCCCCUGGCAGCGCGCCGUCGCCGGCAUGGUCGUCAGCGUCUUGAUCUCCGCCCUCGUCAUGGGCGGCUGCAGCUGGUGGCUCAUUGGGCUGCAAAAGUACAAGAAUGAAAUCUACGGGCCCUGGGAUCCCGCGAGGCCCGUCAUCAUGAGUAGGCGGCAGUGGGACUAG